AUGUCGGUGCCGGUGAAAGCGCUAGAUUCAGCGGAAACAAAGCGAUCUACAACUCUGAUGGCUAAUGGAAGCAAGCGACGGCGGCUAGGGUUUACGCCGAUGUUUGAAGUUUGUAAUGCAACAAUAAGAGAAUGGAAGUCUGUGGCAGUUGUUCAGAUGCUGGAAAAGCAAAUGGGUCCUGAAUCUUUCCGUAGAAUUUUGCAAACUAUAGUUACUCGGGCUCAAGAUAAAGUACGCUCAGUGAAAACACUUAGUAAUAAGGAGUUUCAACAUUUUGCUAAUAAGGUUGGAAAUUUAGAACGUCCUUUUCUUAAAGUUUUCUUCCCCCGUUGGGUCGGUUCUUGUGGAUGUCCUAAUUUAAGGAUGGGAUACUGCUUAUGCCACUUAGCUACUAGUGAUAUGUUGAGAGCCGCUGUUGUAGCUAAGACCCCUCUUGGUAUUAAGGCGAAAGAUGCUAUGGAAAAGGGAGAACUUGUUUCUGAUGACUUGGUUGUUGGCAUUAUUGAUGAAGCAAUUAAGAAACCAUCAUGUCAAAAAGGUUUCAUUCUUGAUGGUUUUCCAAGAACUGUGGUCCAAGCACAGAAGGUAUUGCAUUGUUUGACAUCUGAGCUACUCAGUGAGUUUCUUUUGUUCGAAAUAUUGGGAUUGUGUGUAAAAAGAAGAAUGACUUGA